GAUAUCAUGUGACCAUCGGGCUUAUAGCCUGACUUUAAAUCUUUGACUCUUCCGUGGGUACCUUUCGGUGACUCCUCUGAUUAACUUUAUUAAAUAAGUUGUAGGUGUUUAUGACUUCAAUGCGAUCAAUUAUAAUUUAUAUAUUUUGGCGAAAGUACCGGUUACAGUUCGUGAAUAUUUAUGGGUUUCUAUAAAAAAAUACGUAUCAAAUACCUAAUAAAGGAAGCCCUAAUCGUGAAAAAAAUAGAGACUUUUAAAUAGAUAUUAAUUAAAAUAUACCUGUCCUUGUUUUUUAAAAUUUGGAAAUACCACGGAUCUGAUCGAAAUGGUUGGUUAAGCCGACCAUUUCCACCGUAAAAGGAACUUUUAUUGCUCAAACACAAACUCAUUUCACUUGCGUGGGUGACGCUGAGUAGUAGUAGCAAUGAUGGCCUGCAGACUAGUCAGAUAUUUUUUAGACUUCUUAGCGGAAAGUUAAAAAUGUUGACAAUAACAAAUAAUUCGUUCGAGUAGUUAAAUAUAGAGAAGCAAAGAAUUUAUUGUUGAUGGAAAAUGGAUCUAACUUAUGUAAUGUUGAUUAUUUUAUUUUUCGUGUCAUUGGAAGCUAUCACUGUUAGUCCACUGUGUCCAACUAAUAAGAUAGCGCCUCGACGAAGAACUGUGACAUGGGAUAGAAGUGAAAGUCGGACGUUUGGCGCGUUCUAUGACUUACUUACUCCUGGCAGUCCACAGAGUAACUCACAGUUAAAUGAUUUGCAAGAAAAGCCCCAGGAAGAUGAAUCUGACAAUGAAUGUGGUGAGAUUGAAGAUUACGACGAAAAUGAUCUUAGUUCAAUUACAAAUCAAUCUCAAAGGAGACAAGGAUCGUCUAUCAAGAGUAAUUUCUUCGACAAAUUUUUUAAUAGGCCACCUUACUACGGACCGAAUAAUAGGCCUCCCUCAAUAUUUCAACCCCUAAGACCAAACGCACCAUCACGACCGCCAUUUUGGAGCGGAGGAACCUUCGGCAAUAAUAACUACCGUCCGCCAUUAGCACAGAAACCGUCAGAUUACGUGAAGCCCGUGCAUGAAAAUAGUCAACAAGAGUCUCCGGUUUAUAGCCCGGAUGUAGUUGGUGGUGUUCUUGGAAAUAUUGUGGGGUUCACGCCUGUGAGACCCACCAAAAGGCCUGAUAAUGGAGAUGUCCGUCGGAGGCCGAAAUAUUACACAAGUUACACGACAUUUCCUCCAACGACUGUACACCAAUAUAUCAACGAACCACCAAGUCGUGAACUUCCAAGACCCAGAAGGCUAAAUACAAAUAGUAUAUUUGGUUCAUUUAUUGAUUUGUUGUUUAAAAAUAAAGAUGAUUGA